AUGCCCGGUUCGUGGGGUAACAAUAUUUCCAAUAACGUAUACGAAAGUAUUCUAAAUUUCAAGGAGGAAUACAGAGGUGACGACCGUAAUGACAUCCAAUCAAUCCACCAAGUACUUAAUGGAAUAGGAAACGAAGACAAUAUUAUAACGAUAAUAGAAAAGUAUGGCUUUAUACCUUUUCCGCCGAGUCCCAUUUCCAAAACAUUUGUCUUCAAACAUCCUACUGAAUAUGAAAAUGAAUAUGAAUACGAAUUUCCACAAAACGGUUUUGCGACAGUUUCUGAACUGAAAAUCGUGGCCAAGGCGAUAAUCACUUAUCCAAAUUUGCUUGACGUCUGGAAGAAGAUAGGCUAUCACGAAAUAACCAAGGAUUUGGAGAACCCCGUUGUGCAACUUACCUUACUAAAUCUUUAUUCUACUGGUGUUGCUUCAGUCCAACUCGUUGCCGAAAAAUUGUGCGACUUAAAGUUAUUUGGAUUUCCACUGAUCGACGCUUUAAUCGGAAAUGCUAUUCUUUUGUUCGAACACAAAUUAAUCGAUGUCGGAGAAAGUCUCAUCGAAGGCUUUGCUACUGCCCGGAAAUUAUCCAAGACGAAUAUUCUUGACAUAUGCUUGACAGAAUUGCUCGACCCGGCAAGAGCUCUUGAACAAUACGAUGCACUGGAUUAUGUCAUCAACUCGGUUAGCGAUCCCGAACAGCAAAUUCUCUCUGCAUUUGAAAAGUACAAAAUUCUCAAAGAUGAAAACGACCCAUCACAAUCGCACGCAUUUCUUAAAUACUCACUUACAGUAUAUAGAUACAUGCUAAGAUUCGGUGCGACAUCUCCAGUUGUUAAAUACUUGAUGAGAGAAAUUUUAAUCGUUCAUACGCAGCUUGCCGACACAGAGGAUGCAGACAAAUUGAGAGACGCAGAUAAUAUCCUUGACGAAUAUUAUGCUGCGAAUGUACCUUUUGAUCGGUCACUAUUCCCACUCUUCAAAGAAUGCCUACGUACAAAGCCAAUCAGCUAUUUGUUUGAAGGAUAUCUGGCACAUUUGUUCGGGUUUGAAAUUCAAAGUCAGACAUUUUUGAUAUCCAAUAUCCCAGAAGUAGGUGCGCUUAUGUCACCUACGCAGACAGAAGAAUUGAAGCAACUUUGGUUAAAAGAUAUUCAACAAUGUUUUAAAUCGGAAGAGUUGGUCAAUAACGAAUUUAGAAAACAAAUUAUAGAGUUCAUCGCUCUUUACAACUUGUCACAAAGUAGUGUCGAUUAUUAUGAGCAGCUUUAUUAA